ACAACUCAUGGGGCCCCCGGGCAAUAGCGGAUCAUGGGGCCCCUCAAGUACACGUUUGCACACUGGUACUGACCAGGGGCGGACUGACAACUCAUGGGGCCCCCGGGGCAAUAGGGGAUCAUGGAGCCCCUGUGCCCUUGCCCAACUCAAAAAAGCCUAUGAAAAAGGUACCAGGGGCAUCUCAUGGGGCCCCCUACUGACCCCGGGCCCUAGGGCAGUGCCCGAGUUUCCAAAUGGUCAGUCCGCCACC